GUCCUGCACCUCCUCCUCCUCCUCCUCUUCUACCUCCUCCUCCUCUGCUGCCUCCCCAGCUCUGUUGCACUCGUUAUAGGGCAGCACCCGCUCCGGCAGCCGCACGUCUCUGCCCUGGUCCUGGCCUGGCCACCAGGCAACAGUCGGACAGACUAGAGGCAGACAAGCAGAAGGACCAGCCUCUCUCAUGGCAACUACAGGCAAAGGAGCAGCAGAGCCCGGACCCCCAAGCCCAGAAGCGGGUACAGAUAAUGCCCCCAAAGGCAGGGCUGAUGAGGCUUCUCUUGUCCAGGAGAAAGGAGCCGUGCCUCCAGGUCAGCCCCUGCCUGGCAGUCCAGGCCCCCCCAAGGAGAGAGCUACUGCUGCUGGUGGGGUGGCCCACCCGGAUGGAGGGCUAGGGGAGGCGUCCCUGGCAACCGAGGGAAGUGCCGGACCAACGGCUGCCCUGCCCCAGGAGUCCCCGCUGGUGGAAUCAUCAGGGAAGAAACCAGAGGCUGGCACCAAAGGGUCUGAGACCGGGCAGGACAACAAGGGUGGCCAAGGGGCAGGAGAACAGACCAAAGGAGAGAAGAAGCCAGCAGGCAAAGCAGACCCUCAGCGGGCACCCCCGCCUUUCUUGCACAGCCCUAGCUGCCCUGCCACUCUCCAGAGCUCUGAGAAAACGAUGGAGAAGAGCCUGGAGGAAGUAGCGAAAGCUCUCAUUGGAAAGCAGGGUUCUCAGGUCUCAGAAGCCAUCCCUGGACAAGCCAGCUCCAUCCCAGGAGCUUCCAGCAAGCUUGCAGAGGGAGGGAAGAAGGUGGCGGAGCCUCAGGCAGGGGGCCAGAAGGAGAAGCCUUUGGAGAAGGCUCAGGGCCCGGAAGGAGAGAGAUCCCAGGCCCAGCCCAGCCCAGCUAGUCCUCCCCAGGCCCAGCAGGGCAGCAGCCCGGCUAAAGGAGAAGGGGACAACCCAGAAGGGAUCGUGUUCCAGGCUGUUCCCUUGGAAAAAGAGGCGACAGAGAAGGCAGCCUGCCCCAGUGCCAACCAAGAGGACAACUUUGAGAUUCUGGAUGACUGCCCCCCUCCUCCUGCUCCUUUCCCCCACCGCAUUGUGGAGCUAAGGACCACAAAUGUGAGCAGUGAAUUCACCAUCAAUUCCCAGCACCAACUGGGAGGGGGGAAAUUUGGAGAAGUUUGCACAUGUACAGAGAAAGCCACAGGCCUCAAAUUGGCUGCAAAGAUCAUCAAGAAGCAAAGCCCAAAAGACAAGGAGAUGGCACUGUUGGAAAUCGAGGUGAUGAACCAGCUAAACCACCAUAAUCUUAUCCAGCUCUAUGCUGCCAUCGAGACCUCACAUGAGAUCAUCCUCUUCAUGGAGUUUGUGGAGGGCGGAGAGCUGUUCGAGAGGAUUGUGGAUGAGGACUACCAGCUGACAGAGGUGGAUACCAUGGUGUUCGUCAGGCAAAUCUGUGAGGGGAUCCUCUUUAUGCACAAGAUGAGAGUCCUUCACUUAGACCUCAAGCCUGAGAACAUAUUGUGUGUCAGCACCACGGGACACAUGGUGAAGAUCAUCGACUUUGGCCUGGCACGGAGGUACAAUCCCAAUGAGAAGCUCAAAGUCAACUUCGGGACCCCUGAGUUCCUGUCUCCAGAGGUGGUGAAUUACGACCAAAUAUCCGACAAAACGGACAUGUGGAGUAUGGGCGUGAUCACCUACAUGCUGCUGAGUGGCCUCUCCCCAUUCCUGGGAGAUGAUGACACUGAGACCCUCAACAAUGUCCUGGCUGCCAAUUGGUAUUUUGAUGAAGAGACCUUCGAGACCAUCUCAGAGGAGGCAAAAGACUUUGUAUCCAAGCUCAUUAUCAAGACCCCCGGGGAACGGAUGAGUGCGGCUCAGUGUCUGGCACACCCCUGGCUCAACAACCUGGCGGAGAAAGCCAAGCGCUGUAACCGCCGCCUCAAGUCUCAGAUCCUGCUCAAGAAAUAUGUGAUGAAGCGACGCUGGAAGAAAAAUUUCAUCGCCGUGAGUGCUGCCAACCGUUUCAAGAAGAUCACCAGCUCAGGAGCCCUGAUGGCUCUGGGGGUCUGAGGCCGGGGGGCUGUGUGGAGGCUGCAUCAGAACAACCCGGAGAGCCUCAGGGGGCCGAGGGCCCUGCAUCUGGAAGGGCCUGAGGGCAAUGGGCCAGGCCCCCAAGGAAAGGACAGUCGGGAGGACAGCGACUAGAGCUUGCGCUUGGUGGACUUGCCUCAUAACCCAGGCCGACCCGUUCUCCGGCUCAGGGUGGGGGCUCCCCUGCCAAAAGGUGACCAGAUCCAUAUCCCUCCUGUCCCCCAAGGAUCUUCCUCUCCCAGCCCCCAACACACAACCAACCCUCUGGGUCCUGUCCUGCUUCCCUCACCGGUUGCCACCUCAUACAUAGGCUUCAUAGGAUUUCAAGCAAGAAGGGACCAUAGAGAUCAUUCGUCAUCCGUACAGAUGGGGAAACUGAGGGAGGCCAGAGGGGGAAGUGACUGCCUGGGGCCUGACAGCGGCCAGACAGCAGAGCCUGGCCUGGAACCCAAGUCUCCUGACUCCAAAUUCUGUGUCCUCGUUCCUCCUCUUGGGUCCUGCUCCCUGAGCACUGGAAGGGCUUUUGUGGGAGGGUCCCUCUCAUUCUGCUGGGGAUAUGGAGCCCAGGGUUCAGAAGGGACAGGAUUGAUUAAAACCCCAUCCAGUUUUCACUCCAGAAACCGUGCUGACAUCUGGGCCUUAUAUCCCAUGUCAUCUCCAAGUAGCCUCCCUUCCCCAGUUGCUUUUCCCACCCUUUAGCCUCUAGAGGAGUUAACAGCUCUGGGGCUAGGAGGUGGGUAUGGCUCAUGGUCAGACUUAGGGGCCCUUGGAAGCAGAAGGAUACAUUAUAGCAUAAUGAAAAAAGAGCUGGAUUUGGGGUCAUGAGACCUGGAUUUGAAUUCUGGUUCUGCUACCGAUGACUUGUGGUACCUUCAGAAGUCACUACUUCUGGACCUCAGUUUCUUCCUCUGUAAGUGAGGAUUUUACUAAGUGUUCUCUAAGUUCCCUUUCAACUCUAAAUCCUAUGAUCCUGGGAGCCCAAAUGCUCCCAGUUCUCCUUAACAUGAAGGGUACCCAGACUCUAAGCCACUGGUGCGGGGUGAGCUCUACAGCUGGGAUGGGGGAAAUCCAGGGAAAAAAGUUCCUAUUAUGCCAGAAGGCUCAUUGCACAAAAGAGAAGGAAGGAAGGAAGGAAGCAAGCCCCUGACCCAGAUCCCAGAAGGAGUCCCUAGCCAGGGGGGGCGAGGGUGGGAGCAGACAGACAAGGGCUUUGUGUUUUCUGCCCACCCCCCGGCCUUCCCAAGCCACCAACAGAGGCAGAGAGAGAUGGAACCUGCCUCCUCCCCACAAAGGAUUCCCCCACAUUGCGAGCGUCCAGAGAGGCUGCAGUGCUAAUGCAGACCAGCUGGGCCCCUCGCCGGCCUUCUCACCCCAAUGAAAGCACCAUUUCACAGUGACCACCAACAGGCAGGAACUUCUGUGUGUGAGCGAGCCAGAACUCAGUCGGAGGGCAGCCCUGCCCUUCCCUGUGUCCCUUCUCCCUCUCUCCUUCCUCCCCCCAUACACACAUCCCACCUCGGGUCAGCGAGAACCUGGGAAAACAGAGGUGGGGGCAGGGGCUCUCCUGCAGUCUCCUAACAGAGUUAGCCAGCUCUCGUUGGUUGCUCUGCGAAAGCCUUUGCCAUCUCUCCCUCCUGUGUAAUCCCAGAUGGCACCGUGACACGAGCAGGCUCUCUAGGUGACAUCUUUGCCACCCAGAAGUGUCCAGGACAGCCUCCCUGCGCGUCCCAACCUCCCACCUAGGCUUGGUCUGGGAGUGAUGUAUCACUGCUGGACCACUGUAGUGAAGUCACAUGGAAUGGUUAUGAGAUUACAACAGCCUGGGUGAUGAGGGCUGGGAUGAUGGGUCACCUCCUCAGAACCAAGAGGAGAUUUCAGAGUUCUGGCUUUCAUGUAAAUAAAUGUACAGGUUGAACAGCA